GAGGACUUGUCGUCGAUGAAGACAUGGUCGACGAAGAUGGUUCGUCUGUGGCGUGCAAAGAAAAAGGGUGGACAGCCUAUGUACCUCAGAAGGUCACGUCUGUGUGCUCGAGAGUUUCGUUGGCUUGAUGCCUCUAAAGAAGGAUUGUUUUCCCCGGCUACAUCAAGUGACAUUGUUCGCCUAACACCAGCUCUGUUCCUGUCAUGGAAGCAAACACGGCCCGACAUCGAGUAUGCCAUUGUUUCCCUCGAUAUCAAGGAUGCGUACCUUGAAGUCGAUCAGCCAGAACCUGUAGUGUCUACAAUAGAGGUGCAUCCCGGCGUUCACAUGAAGUUUGUGUUCCAGAAAAUGGUCCCAGGGCAGCGAGAAGUGUCAAGUCGUUGGUUUCAGGACUUUGUCACAUUCUUGUCCGAGCAUUUUGCAGUAUCACAGUGUCCUGAGUGUCCGGCCAUCAUCAAGCUCCCAGAAGGCCCUGGAAUGAUCCACGUGGACGAUAGCAUUUUGCUUUUACCACUUCAGUGGGCCCUCAACGUUUUCCUGCCAGUUGUGAAGUCGCGAUUUCAGGUAACUGUGGAGAUGGCUUGGAAAUGUGGGGAUGAGUUUUCCUUCCUCAAGCGCAAGCAUACGAUCUUGGAUGACAGAAUCGUCAUACAGCAGCCACCACAGUACAUUGAGCACAUGGCAGCAGUGUUGGGGGUGAAGCCGAACAAUCGACAACGAGACACGAGUGAGCUGCUAUCACCAUCGGAGGCAAGCAAGUUUCGUGCGGCUGUAGGAACUGGGUUGUACAUUUCGGCAGACAGACCAGACAUAGGGUACACCAUUAGGCUGCUCGCGUCCAGCGUGGCCAGCCCUACGAAGCAGGCGCUGCGGGGAUUGGUCAAGUUGGUGCAGUACUUGCUGAACACAUGCAACUACGCCACUGCGAUUUGCAUUGGUCCGCCUGGCAGUUCGAAAUUGCUUUCAAGUAUGGAUGUGGAUUGUUCGAACAAUGGGAUAUGCCAUCGCCUGGAAUGCUACUCGGAUGCUGACUGGGCAGGAUCUCGCAAAGAUCGUAAAUCGUAUGGCGGGGCAUCCUACUGUUUGGAUGGAUGCUACUUGCACUAUGUGUGCAGGGCUCAGCGUUGCAUCUCCCUGUCCAGCAUGGAAUCCGAGUUCUACGCGGCAGUGAGUGCGGCGUGUCAGGGCUUGUUUAUGAAGGCCACCAUCACGUUCAUGACUGGAGAACCAUGCCAGCUUGUGGUUUUGCUUGACAAUGCGAGUGCUAGGCAGUUUGCUUUGAGGCAAGGCGUCUCGAAGGCUGCUAAGCACAUCGAGGGCAGGUUUCUUUGGCUUCAAGAUGCUGUGCGUCAAGGCCGUUUGCAAGUGAAGGCGGUGAGCACACACUAUAACUUGGGUGACCUGUUUACAAAGCCUUUCAGUCCUGCACGAUUGUUGGCGCUGUGUUAUCUUCAUGGAUUGGUGAAUGAGCACCAUGAUGCAGUUGGCGAGAAGGAAUGGGAAGAUGUGCAGCUCAAGCAUGAGUUCAAGCAGCAAGUGAAUCGUGUCAAACACCAGUUUGUGGGAUCGCAUGUGGCAACUGGGUGGAUCAAGAAGGUAGCGCUGCUCACACUGUUGAUGCCAAACGCUGCAGAGGCAUGUCGUGGUGCAUCUUGCAGUGAUGCUAUGAGCGUUGCCGUGCUGCCAGUGCCGAGACAUAUGGCGUGCUGUUCCUUGGGCGUGAUCAUGUUCCCAUGGUUUCAGCUCAAAAGCCUUCGCUCGAAGUUGGCGGUUGCCCAACGAGAGCAUGUGACAAAGGGAGGCCGUGUGAAUGAGGGGAGCAGUAGCAGUAGCUGUGCGGCAAGCAGUGUUGCACGUCAUCAGAAGGGUGACGCUGUGAUCGUCAUCCCAGAUGGAGGCGAAGCCUACCAUCGUUACGAGUGCCAGUACGUGCGUAAGUCCAGCAAGCCUAGGAAAGUCUACUUUGCGUGUACUCAGU